AUGAAAUCUCUCAUCCACUCAUCCCUUCUUGUACUUCCCCUGUCUCUCGCCGGCGUGAUUCAAGAAAGGCAAGAUGUACUGCAACAGAUCCCCGCCACAGGCAAGGCACCAAACACCUUCAACGCGCCGAAUGUGGAUUGGGAGAGAGGCCAGCCACCACAGACAAACGCUCCUCUUCCUGAGCAGUAUCGCGCCAAAGACAUCGACCUCCCCUUCGGACGCCUUAUCAAGGGCAAUGUCAAGUACUUCCAACCUGGAGAGAUGAACACACCCACAGGCGUCACCGACGAAGCCGGCGCAAUGGGCGUAGCAGACUUCGCAAACCAGAGCGCCUGCGGUAUCCCCGACAAUGUCUACCGAGACAGCAAGGUGGCCAUCCAUCCGUACUGGCUAAAAUAUGCCGGUUUGGACCGAAUGUGCCUCCAAGACGUCUGCAUCGCAAUCUUCACCAUGACCGACGACAUGAUUGCCAAAGUGACCGACAUCUGCAGCAUCGACCCUGGCGACCCUUCCCACUGCGCCUCACCCAACGACAUCAAGUUGCCUAAAAAGAAGAUCCAGACAAUCAACCACUACAAGGGCAAGACGGAAGAAGUGCCAGAGCUGAACGGCGUGAACAAGUACCAGCAUCCCCAACCCAUCUAUUGGAAUUUCGCGAAGUGCUUGGGCGAGGCCAUUCCCCAACCCCCCUACAAAGCUCCCGCCCCGGCCCCUCAAAACUGGUUCUCCACGCCCCUGUACCCGGAAAACAACGCCGACACAGUGCAAGUGGGGCUCAAACAAGCAGGCAACAACCAGAAAUCGUACCCAGCCAAAAACUGGCCCACGUACACGCAGGCGGUGACGCCCGGGAAGGAUAAAUUGGAGGGCUUGGUGCUGAAUGUGAAUGAGAGUGAGUGGAAGAGUGGGGAUCCCGUGCCCAAGUGGACGCCGGUGGCGGGGGGAGGGGGUUUGGUGUUGUUGGGGGAGCGGCAGGGGGAGGGGGAGGGGGAGGGGGGAAUGAUGGUGGUGUAG